AUGCCUCCCCAGAUAUAUCAUCACAAACCCGCCCGGCCACACCACAGCAGCUUAACUAUACCCUGCGAGAAUUCUCAGUGCAACCGCUGGUUUCGCAGUGUCUCCGGUUUGAAAAAACAUGUGCGCUCUUGUCAUGUCAGCGCCCCCAGCCAUCCACUUCCUCCUGAGCACCCAGCACUUUCACCACCAGCUGAAAACGAACUAGAAAGCAACUUCGAACCAUUUGACGGACAGGAUGAGCAAGAAAAUCCGCUAUCCAAUGAGCCAUUAGAAGAUCAGGCUCAAUGUGAGAUUGAAUACCAUCCUUUUCUAGAUGGACGGCCUUGUGAUGAAAACGGGAACUUUCUACCUCCUGGAGCAAAACCUGUACUACCCGAAACCCCGUCAACCAAUGAUUGGUCCCCAUACCGGGAUCGUGUUGAGUUUGAGACGGCGGAACUCAUCUACAAAAAGGUACAGAUGUCUGGGGGAGAUAUUAAUGCCCUUGUAGAUCUGUGGAGGGCCUCGUUCAUCAAAAAUGGUCUGGCUGAUGAAGAUGUCCCUUUUGCAAACAAGGACGACUUGUACCGAGUAAUUGACUCAACUUCCAGCAGUGACAUGCCAUGGGAGUCUUUCUCUCUCUCAUAUAAUGGCAAGCUUCCCGAAGAAGACCCCUCAGAGUGGAUGAAACAGGAAUUUGAUGUUUGGUUUAGGAGUUCACUUGCCAUCAUUCAAAACAUGCUAUCUAAUCGAGACUUCUGUGGUGAAACCAAUUUCAUGCCUUACCGGAAGUUUAGCAAGAAGGGAGAGCGAGAAUAUAAAGACUUCAUGUCAGGGGAGUGGGCCUGGAAGCAGGCCGACAAGAUCUCCGUGGAUCCAACAACCCAUGGCUCAUCAUUCGUGCCCGUUAUUCUAGGCAGCGAUAAGACCACAGUGUCAGUUGCGACAGGCCAAAAUGAAUAUUAUCCAGUGUAUAUAUCCAUUGGAAACGUUCACAAUAAUGUCCGACGAGCACACAGGAAUGCUGUUGCAUUGCUGGGCUUUCUGGCCAUUCCAAAGACUGAGAAGAAGUAUGCAAAUGAUGUCAAGUUUCGCAAGUUUCGCCGACAGUUAUUCCACACCUCCCUGGCUCGCAUUCUUCAAUAUCUCAAACCCGGGAUGCUAGUUCCGGAGGUUCUACGAUGCGCUGACAUGCAUUUUAGGCGUGUUAUCUAUGGUAUUGGUCCAUACAUAGCUGAUUAUCCGGAGCAGGCUCUUCUUGCAUGUAUAGUUCAAGGGUGGUGUCCUCGCUGUAUUGCCUGGCCUAACAAUCUUGAUGGCGAAGGUGGUCGGCGCUCAGAAGAUCACACAGAGGUUCUUGCAAACUUCCUCAGUCCAGUGGUUUUGUGGGACCAAUAUGGUAUUGUUAGCGACAUAGUACCAUUCACACAUGAUUUCCCUCGUGCCGACAUACAUGAAAUUCUGGCUCCUGAUCUUCUUCACCAAGUCAUCAAAGGUACUUUUAAGGAUCACCUUGUGACUUGGGUAGAGGAUUACCUCCAUCUAACAUACAGCAAGAAGCGGGCUGACGAGAUUUCGGAUGACAUUGACCGACAGAUUGCAGCAGUUCCCUCAUUUCCUGGCCUUCAACGAUUUCCUCAAGGCCGUGGAUUCAAGCAGUGGACCGGCGACGAUUCAAAGGCUCUCAUGAAGGUGUACCUCCCCGCUAUUGAAGGGCAUGUCCCCCCAGACAUAAUACGCACAUUCCAGGCUUUUCUCGACUUCUGUUACUUGGUACGGCACGAUACUCACAGUGACAGCACCAUCCAGAAAGUGCAAGAUGUCGUCAAGGAUUUCCACCACAGCCGCACCAUUUUUGAGACACUAGGUGUCCGACCAACAGGGUUCUCUCUCCCACGACAGCAUUCACUACAACAUUAUCCAUGGCUCAUUCAAAUGUUUGGGUCUCCAAACGGCCUCUGUUCCAGAUUUGAAGCACUUGGUCAGAUGUUGCUGAUUAACCAGAGGCUCGACAAACUUGCGGUCUCUAGGGUGGACUUUACAGCCCGUGGGAUGCUUUCAGGCACUCUGGAUACAAGAGUGGAGCACCACAACACCGAAGACAACAACAACGGGGAUAGUGGGCCGGUCCCAGGUCCAUUGACACCUGGCUAUGUCAAACCAUCGGUUCGCCGUUUGCGUCAAUAUUCAACAAACUGCCACAAACUCAGUGUGCAGCUCAACCAACCCCGCCUUGUUGAGUUACUCCGGCGCUUCCUUUACAGCCAAGCGCACAUGAACGACCAUGUUGCGCCCUCAGCCUUUAAUAUACCCCUGCACCAAUGCCCCAUGUUCAAUCCGAGGGUAGUUGCGACGCACUCGGCAGUCGCAUAUUUCUAUGCACCAAGCGACUGCAGUGGAAUUGGUGGUAUGCGCCAAGAAACAAUUCGUGCCACGCCUUUGUGGCAAAAGCAUGCGGCUUGUUACGACUGUGCUUUUGUCGAGCGCGAUCCUUCAAUUCCAGGAAUCCGAGGACUCGAUGUCGUUCGCAUUUUUGCAUUCCUUUCUUUCUCACAUGAUAAUACUACUUAUCCAUGUGCUCUUAUACAGUGGUUCUCUCAUAUUCUGGAUGAGCCUGAUGAACUCACUGGGUUGUGGAAGGUCCAGCCUGAUACAAAUGACGAUGGAUCACCCAGUCUCGAAAUUAUUCAUUUAGACUGUAUCUUUCGUAGUGCACAUCUCAUGCCUGUAUUCAGCGAUUAUGGUCAUCAGUUCAUCCCAUCUGACAUUGAUUUCACUAACUCACUAGAUAAAUUUCCUACGUUCUACAUUAAUAAAUAUAUAGACCAUCAUGCCUUCGGACUUAGCCAAGGAUGAUUCAUAACUUGUCAAACUUGAUUUUAUACUUCAUGUACUUGGACCACGCUUGGAUAACACUUUG